AUGUAGGCAUCUGGAAGCAGCACACGAUCCAAUCGAAGUUCCAACUCUUCGUCUUCCCGAAAUGUUCAAGCUGCGGCUGGGCUGGUACGCCGGGGUCUCGACAGCCCUGGCGGGCGCCGUCGUGCUCUCGGCAUUCCAUCAGCGCGCCAACUUCUACUCGGCCAUGGUCUAUCUUGCCCAGAGCAACUUCUGUCUGCUGGUUCUGGUCAACUUCACCUUGCUGCUGUACAGCAGCUUCAUCUACGCCUUGACGCAGCUAUGCUUCGGCACGCUGCGCGCAAUCGAGGUCGAGCAGCUCACCGAGCGAGCAUGGUUCGCCAUCACCGAGACGUGUCUGGCCAUGACCAUCUUCCGCGAGGAGAUUGGGGCCUGGUUCCUCGUCAUGUUCACGGCGCUGGUCACGGGCAAGGUCUGGGGAUGGAUCGGCGAUGGCCGCGUUGAGUUUCUCGAGCAGCAACCUCCUGCGAAUCCGCGCCUGUUUCAUCUGCGGCUUAGCAUCUCCCUUGCCGCCAGCUUCCUCUACGACAUCUGGAUUCUUCGCUACGCUGUCAACACCGUCAUUCAGCAGGCCAGGCCGAACAUGAUGGUCAUGUUCCUGUUUGAGUUUGCCGUCCUGGCCACCUGUUCCUGGAGAACGGGGGCUCGGUACUUGGUGUCGCUUACGGAGCAGCGCAUCAUCCACAUGCAGACGAAGAAACGCCUGAUGGAGCGGAGGGAAGAGGUCAGGCGACAGCGAGAGGCCAUCAUUCGUGAGAGGGAGCAGGCCGCAGCGGCUGGAGAGCCAGUGCCGGAAUCCCAAGAUCCUCUGCCAGAUCCAGAGGACAUUGACGAAAUGGACAUUGAGGUGCCGGGCUGGGCGGCAAAGGGUGAGCUUGUUCUUUGGCUGGACCUAAUUACUGAUAUGGUCAAGCUGGGUAUCUACGUCUCCUUCUUUAUGAUGCUUCUCAUGUUCUAUGGCCUUCCUAUCCAUAUCAUGAGGGAUCUGUUCAUGACGACACGCGACUUCCUCAAGAGGCUCAACGCACUCCUUCGGUACAGACGGGCUAUCCAAGAGAUGAACAAGUACCCGGAUGCUACUGAGCGCGAUCUUGCACAAGAGAACACGUGCAUCAUCUGCCGUGAGGAGAUGCACCUGUGGGAUCCCGAGAACAACGCGGGCACUAUCGACCGCGUGCGCCCCAAGAAGCUUCCAUGUGGCCACAUUCUGCACCUUGGAUGCCUCAAGAGCUGGCUGGAACGGCAACAGGUCUGCCCAACGUGCAGGAGACCAGUCACGGGCGAACGCGCUCAAUCUCCCAACGCUCGCCGCGCUGCCCUCAGGCUCCAGUUCGGCCAGGCGCCGCGACGGGGGCCAGGCGAACGGGGCAAUGGCAACGACGAUGCAGAUGACGAUGACAACAAUGGCAACAACAAUGCGCUCCGCGACGGACAGAAUGGCGCAGUACCUGCACGUCAAGCCCAGGGUGAUGCAGGACGAGCUCGUGUGUUCACCUUUGGUCCUAUUAGGCUUGGAUUUGGAGCCAAUGACCAGCAAGUUCGUGAACUUGCGCAACAAUUCGGGAUGCCUCAAAUUGCCGGCGAUCAGGGACAAGGCUCCUCUACGACGGCUCCUCAGAACCAGUCUCAGCAAGUCCCAUCUGGCGACAGCUACCAGCAGAUUGGAACUCUUCUACAGCAAGCGGAGCAGAUGCUGCAACGCGAACUACAGAACCUGCAAACCACACAGCAGGAGCUCCAAAUUGCCAACUUGCUCAAUACCGAAAUUCAACGCCUUCGCCAACGACGACAACAGCCGCAGGAUGCCGCACAGACCGCUCAGGGGCAACUGCCUGUGUCGCUCACUCAGCCAACAAGCCUACCUCCAGUAGGACUGCCGCCCCUGCCUAUGGGAGUGCCUCCAGUUGGAGGUUUGCAAGUGUAUCCCUCCUCUCUGCCUCCAAGAAUGAGCAGCCCCCUGAUGACUCGGCACGGAGCUGGCCCUUUGACAACGGCAAUUCCUGCUGGCAGCCCCGAUUUGCCGGAAGGAUUAGUGCUGCCUCCGGGAUGGUCCUUGACGCCUCUGCAGAGACUAGACAAUGCUCCAGCCGGACCUCAAUUCCCACCGCAGACCGCUGGUGUGCCUUUCCCUGGUGACACGGCCGGAGGCCAAAGCACGGCGUCUUCGCUCCAGCCAACACCGACAGUGCCACACAGCAGCCACGAGUCGGUGCCAGCGGAUUCUUCGUCCAUGCCUGCUCCCGUAGCCCAACCCGCGACACCGCGAGCAGACACGCCCCCCAACCCUGGCCCUUCAUCGGACUCUCUGCCUGUGGUGUCACCUAGCCCAAUGAUGCCAAACUGGGGCGGAUCCAACCAGCUGUUCGGUUCUACCUCUCGCCUCGAGCAAGGAGACACGGCCAGCCAAGCAAGCACCCAGGCCGCGCCAGCAGCGGACAUGGAAACCCCUCCACCUGAAAGCAGCAACGGUGCCCACGACUCGUUGCCGACACAGACUGGGCAAAGGCAUGCUGAGGGAGAAACGUCCGACAAGGGGAAAGGUAGGGCUGUUACCAUGGAAGAGGCUGAGGAUGAAGAGACUUGAAUUCGGUGAAAUUCGAAGCCAAGGGAGGGGUAAUAUGUGUAUCAGAUCAUUUGUCAAUACUCAGCUAGCAUUUACUUUCACGAGGGACUCGGGAAUGGGCAUCGAAACAUAUGCGCCAUUGACCCCGUUUUAUGUACAUUUUGGCGUUUUGGGGUGGUUGUUUAGCAGAUGGCAUUAAAUACAAUAGCUUCUUCUAUGC